AUGUCAUCGUCAACAACGACGAUAUCAUCCAAAAAUUCUACAAUGAAUAAUAAUGAUCGUAAACGACCAAUAUCAUCUUCUAUUCGUCCAUCACCAUCGCCACCAUCAUCUAAACGUCAUAGUUUAUCAUCAACAAAUUUACAAAAUUCAACAGCAAAAAAAAAUUUUCAUCGAUUAGAGUCAAAUGAAAUUUUAUUAAAAAAAUCUACGGAUCAUAAUGAUAGACAAAGUCGACCAAAACAAUUAUAUCGUCAUAUUGAUAAUAAAAGUUCAUCAUCAGAAUCAAGUCGAUCAUCAUCUAAUUCAAAUCAUUCAAUAAAUCAAGAAUAUCCAUCAACAACACCAAUAUUUAAUUCUACAAAUGAUAUUCAAUCUUCAAAUGAAAUUGUAACAACAAAAAGAUCACAACAUUAUUCAAUAAAUCAUAGUAAACAAAAAUCUGAUGUACAAAAAGAUUUUCUAUAUACAAAAAAACCACCAGCACUUGCAUUAAUUGUUAAACCAUCAUCAUCAAAUAUUGAUCAAAGAAAUUUUGGUAGUAUAUCUGAUAGUGAUGACGAAUAUGAACAACCAAAACAAAUUUCAAAUAAAGUUUUCACAAAACCACCAUCUGUUAUUGUUCCAUCAUCUGUAAUGACAAUUGUUAAAACACCUGAUUUAUCGAAAAAAUCUAUACGUACAGAUAAUGUUAUUAUUCAGCAAUCGGAUGGAAAUAUAAAUUCAAAUCCUUCAACAAAAUUAGUAAAAUUAGUUGUACCACAAACAACAACUAUAUCAUCAUCAUCAAUAAAAAUGCUUUCAAGUGGUGAUGGUCUUGCAUCAGCAUUACGUAUUCCAACAAAAAUUCAGUUAACAAAAACAUUAUUUGUUUCAUCAGUAAAAAAUGAUGAAACAUCUUCAUUAAUCUCAUCAUCAAAUUUACUUGAUAUACAAGAUAAUACACCAACAUUACCACCAACACCUCCACCUCCUGUUAUCGAUAAUACAAAUUCAAAUAUUCGAAAUGUAUUAUCUCAUCAUACAUCAAAUAAUCAACAGCAAAAAAUUGAUGAAACGACAACAAUUGAUAUUAAAGCUAUUGAAGAAGUUGAUCCUUCAAUGCCUAACGAACAUUCAAAUCAUCAAAAUACACCUAAACGUCAUUUAUCUACCGUAUCUGAUUGGUGUGUACCACCAACAAGUGAAUUAUCUCCAACAUCAUUAACAUCAUCAUCACCAGAUUUAACACAAAAUAGUUUACCAAUUGAUGAUUCUUUAGUUGAACUUGAUUCAACUAUGAAUUGUCGAAAAUCAACAAAACGUCGUCAUCGUUCAGCAUCAUCUUCGUCAGUUUUACCAUCAUUUACAAUGUCUUAUUUACAAUCGAAUAAAACAACAUUAUUAAAACCAAUAAAAUCGAAACCAUCAACACGUCUUUUAAAUUCAUCUGAUAUGAAAGUCAUGUUAAAUAAUAAUAAUAAUAAUAAAAAAAGAUCUUCAAGAACAUCGCCAGUUCUUAAACUAUCAUCAGCACAACGUAUAAAAAAACGUCGACAUAAAAAUGAAAAUAUUAUUCAUAAUCAACAGAAUAGUAGAUGCUCGAAAGCCAAAACUAAACGUUUUCAAACUGAUGAUAUUCAAUUUGUAAUUAAAGAUAUAUUAAAUGGAAUUAUUGAACGAAUUACUUCAACAAAUUAUGAAAGUGAUAAUGCAUUGAAAAUGUUACUUAAUACAUCUAUUCCACAAAUAAAACAUAAAUUACCAAUUAGUAGAAUUACAACUAGACAACCAAAAACUGAAAUUGUACUUCGAACAAAUUCAGUAAAUAGAAAAAAUUCUUCUUCACUGCAAUCUUUAGAUUCAAUAGUACCAAAUGAAUCUCGUUCAAUGACAAUGACAUCAAGAGAAUUAGAUGAAUUAGCUUAUCUACUUCAUGCUAAUGUACAUCGAGGAGAUUAUGAACAAAUUGAUAAUCCAGCUAAAGUUGAAGAACGCAUGCGUGAGAUGUGGUCUCAGAUGAGUAAUCAAAAAAAGAAUAGUUACAAAAAACGAGUUAUUGAAAUAUAUAAAAAACCAAAUCGUGAUAUUGUCAUUGCAUCAUCAUCAUCAUUAUCUUCAAUAAAUGAAAAUAAUUCUUUAUUAUCGAAUGAUUUAACUAAUGAUACAGCUACAUCAUCGUUAGCAAUCAAUUCAUUAUCUCUUGAAUUACGACGACAAACAUCAACACCAUUAUCGUUUCAUUCCAUACCUUCAUCAACAAUAGAUGAACAAUCAAUUAUUUCACCAGAAGAAUCAAAUUUAAAAACGAAUCUAUCAACUGAUAUUGUUAAUGAAAUAAUUAAAGGUGCCAAAGGUCUAGAUAAAUUAUCUUCGUCUCCAACUGAUUUUAUAAAUUCUAUUCGUAAUUUUAUUCGAUUAUCAAUUGAUAACCAAACUCAAAUAGUUAAUAAGCUUCAACAACAAAUAGAAAAAAAAUGUCCAACACAAUUUAAUCGUGCACAAAUUUUUUGGACACAAAAAAUUCGUUAUUUUGCUAAUAAAUAUCAAAUAAAUUCGUCAAGUGAAUCUGUACAUGAAUUAACAUUAAUUGUUAAAUAUUUCUAUUUACUUGUACUGUCACUUAAUUGUCAAAAACAAGAAGCCGAAUUUCAAGCAGCAUUAACUAAUCGACUUAAUGGAAAUCUAACAUCUGCUGAUGAAUCAUAUUGUUCACCUACGUUAACAAGUAUUAUUGAAGAUCUUAUUUUACCUUCAUCAUUAGCUAAUGAAUAUCUCGCUUCUCAACUUUUAAUAAUUAAUAAUAAUGAAUAUUCAUUACCAUUUAUACGGAAUACUGAACUUGAAAAUGAAUUAUUAAAUAAUAAUGAUAUAAAUAUAUCAGUAAACCCAUUUUCAAAUUAUAAUGAUUUAGAUGAUUAUUUAAAACGUUGUGAAAGCAUGACAACAACCAUUCCAAGUUAUUCUAUCCAACAGCCUCAGCAUCCACCUAUGUACUAUCCAGCAUAUCAUCCAACUUCUCAAUAUUAUUAUUCACCGUCACAAUCAACAGACAUGAAUAAUUAUUAUUAUAAUAAUCCUACACCAGCAUAUCAAAAUUCACAACAACAACAACAACAACAACAGCAAAUAUAUUCAUAUGGCCCAUCAACAUCUUAUUAUCAUCCAUCAACAACAUAUAAUAAUGAGCAAUCAAAUUAUUAUUAUAAUUCACAACAACAACAACAACAACAAUCGUUAUAUCCAUAUUCAUCACAAACGAACAGUACUAAUGACAUUCCAUUAUCAAAUAAUCCUUCAUUGCAUCGAACGUAUCGACAAAUGAAUCCAAAUAUGCAAAGACUUUAUAGAAAUCCUCAACAAUCAAUAACAUCUGGUGCUACAUCAAUUAUAUCAGGAACACCAUCAACAUCAGCUGUAUUUGAUGGGACAACUGUUGUUUCACCUCAGUCAAAAUCAAUGAACACAACAAAUAAUAAUUAUCCACCAUAG